GACCACCACACUCAGCCAUCAACCGGGCAGCAGAGGAGGAUCCAUGCAGGGGAUGUGGUUGGCGUUGCUGGUUCUGGCCCUGGCUGCUCGUGGGAAACCCGUCACAGCCUUGCAGUGCUAUGCCUGUCCUGAACCCACGGCCGUAUCCACCUGCAUCACCAUCACCAAAUGUGGUGCCAACGAGACCAUGUGCAAGACCACACUCUACUCUUUGGAGAUUGUGUUCCCCUUUCUGGGGGACUCCACGGUGACCAAGUCCUGCGCCAGCAAAUGCCAGCCUUCAGAUGUGGACGGCAUCGGCCAGACUCGACCCGUUUCCUGCUGCAACACUGACCUGUGCAACACGGACAGGGCACUUGCCCUGGGCGGCACCCACAGCCUGGCCCUGGCCCUGGCCCUGGCCCACCUCGUGGACCUUGGGCUCUAGCCUGCCUCACUUCCUCCCACCCCAUCCCCAGAUGCCUUGAAGAAAAGCAGGACCUCUUACACCGGCCUUCUCUGGAGUCUCCUUUCGGGCCACGGGUCUGCCUUGG